AUGGCUCACCCAACUCCCCUGCGCUCUUUCCUUGGUGGACUCGGAAUUCCCGUCGCUGCCCACGAACUCCUCGUCCUCAAUGGCAAUGUCUUUGGCAUUUCAGGUUUUGUACACCGCGGCAUCAGGGGCAGCAUAGAGGGCCUCGCAGGCGUCGCGGGGCUUGUAUUAAGCGGCGCCGUGGUCGCAAAUCUGGAAGGGAAUGGUCCGGUUCCUCUAUCUCUUUCUCUACCCAAAGUUCUGCUUUCCGGGUUCCUCGUCGGGCUGGGUACAAAGCUCGCAAAUGGCUGUACUUCCGGCCAUAUGAUAUGUGGGGUUUCGCGAUUUUCACUCCGCUCAAUUGCUGCAACUGCGACGUUCUUCACGACUGGAGUGAUAUCGUCCCAAAUUUUCCACCGUGACUUGCCAGCUACUUCGUCCAUGGACUGGUCUCUUGGUCCAAACGGUGCGAACCUGAUUGCUCUACAAGCGAUCCCACUGUCGCUAUCUCUUAUCCUAUAUGCACUAAACCCCAAUGCUAGCACCAAAGACGAGUGCGACUGCAGCAAAGACCAGCCACCUAAUCCACCCCGUCGUGCACUCCGCGCCUUGACAUUCGUCGCGACAGCGCUCCAAUUCGGUUUCGCGCUUCGGCUCUCCAAUUUGACCGAGGCCACACGCGUCCUCUCUUUCCUCCUCCCGAUUCAUCCAGCGUUCGACCCCUCGCUGGCCUUCCUCGCCGCAGGUGCCUUGCCCCUUGGGAUGUUCCUCUACCACUAUAUGCGCGGCAGCGAACGGCCGUGCCUUGGAGGCGAUUGCUCAGUUCCGAAAGGCGGAGAGAUCGACGCAAGGCUUCUGAUAGGAUCCUCUAUCUUCGGUGUUGGAUGGGGCCUAGCGGGUAUUUGCCCUGGACCUGCGCUCGUCAACUUCGGACGAGCCCUUGGUGCUGGCGGUCAGGCACUGGCACCAUACGCCUCCUGGAUUGCGUCUAUGCUUGUUGGUGGUCUGUUGGCGUAA